GAAACUCACUGCGACAACAACAUGGACCUAAUACCGUUUAAAGGAAUCAUACUCGGGGCUGUGUCCUAGGGGUAGAUGGGAGUUAUUUCUUGAAGUUUUCCCCUUCGACAAACUUAUAAAUAUCCGCUUCUUCGACUGUCCUCAUGAGAAUUCUUCUGUCAUAAUGGAAAUGGGGUUUCAUACGCUCCUGUCACUGGGAACCUCGAGUAGCUAUACCGUGUUGCUACUUACCGCGGCUGUCACGUUUCUUGCUCUCCCAGUCGGACUCGUCAUCUGGUCAGCUCAAACCCUAGCCAGCAACCGUGCCAAAGCCCGCGCAAUAGGUCUUCCAUAUCUCGUUGGAUAUGUAUCGCCCAUGAAUCCCAUCUGGCUUCUCUAUGGCAGCUCUAUUGUCCGAGUUUGUCAACGACUUGGAAUUGCAUCCGAGAAUUUCUCACGAAUCUAUUCUCACGGCUGGGAAGCCAAUGAGCGAGCCCAAAUCCACGUUGAUUACGGCGAUGCAUUUUUAGUCGUUCAUCCUGCCGGAAUCCAACUCUGCGUUGGUGAUGCUAAAACUAUUUACGAUAUUUUGACAAGGAGAACAGAUUUCAGGAGGAAUAUGGAGGAGAUGGCUGUUUUGAAUGUUUAUGGACGGAAUUUGUCUACAUCGGAUGAUGCAGAGUGGCAAGCUCAUCGGAAAAUGACGACAGUGGCGUUUGCGGAGAAGAAUAAUGAGCUGGUUUGGGAACAGUCGUUAGCACAGGCAAAAGGAAUGUUGAAGUACUGGACAGAACAGGCAAAACAACCAAUUCGAUCGACACAUUUGGAUACUAAGAACUUUUCGCUCAAUGUUCUUGCGGCUGCAAUGUUCAACGAAAUAUAUCCAUUCGAAAGCCAGGAGGCUGACAAGCCAAAUGCCCAUGAGAAUGAUAAGUCGUACCAGUACCGAGACUCUCUAUCCACGAUCCUGACAUCUAUCAUUCAAAUUUUCAUCUUCGGCGAACAAGGUCUAAAAGCAUGGUGGACACCUCAAUCAUUCAAAAAUGCAGCCGAAGCAAUGAAUAACUUUCGCUCCUAUAUAUUCAGUUUGAUGGAUAAAGAGAAAGAGCAUCUUGCACGCGGAGAAUCUGAGAACAAGCACUUAGUAGCGCGGCUAGUGAAAGCUCGUGAGGAGGGUGAAGAAUUGAAUGCAGAUGUUUCGACCACUGACAAAACUUGGGAUAAAGGAAGAAAGAUGUCACUUACGAAAAAGGAGAUCUUGAGUAAUCUUUUCGUCUAUGCUUUUGCCGGUAAUGAUACAACAGCUAUUACGCUCACCAGCUUACUUAUUCAUCUUGCUGCAAAUCCCGAUACACAAGAUUGGAUUUCCGAGGAGAUAAAUUAUCAUCUACCCACAGAUGCGGGUAUAGAAUCCUGGAAAUACGAAACAUACUUUCAAUUGAAGCGCUGUAGAGCAGUUAUUUUCGAAACCCUCCGCAUUUGCCACCCCCUAUCUCUUCUCGUAAAAACCACUGGCCCACAAGAAAACACUCUCGAAAUUGAUGGUCAGACAUAUGUUCUCCCACCUCAUACCACCGUCCAUUGUUCUAUACCCGCUAUCCACGCGCACCCAAAAUAUUGGGGUUCCAAUCCUCUUGCCUGGAAUCCUAGCCGCUUCAUCAGCAUGUCUUCUACUUCCUCUCCUACCGAAAUAUCUAGCACGCAAGAUUUUGACAAGGAAAAAGUCAAAGUAGAUACUUCGAAUCAUUUCAUGCCCUUUGCAUGGGGUCAACGAGUAUGUCCUGGUAAGAAAUUUGCGCAGGUAGAGCUUGUUGCUGUAUUGGCUGCAUUGUUCAAGGAAUGGAGAGUUGGGGUUGUCCCGGAGAAUGGAGAGACUAGCGAGCAGGCAAGAGAGAGGGCAUGGAAGAGUAGCUUGGUGGUUGAUCAUGAGAGACAUAUGUUGCAUGAAAUGGUUGAUCCGGAGAGUGUGGGAUUGAGAUGGGUUAGGAGACACCGGGUACACUAGUCUAACCCAUUCUUGAGAUUUCAAUAGGAAGUUCCCCAGGUGGCUGUAGUUCACAAAGUAAUUGUUGCUCGAGAUAUUCAUCUUGAGACGAUGAAUAAAAACCCUGUUUGAGGGUGUGUGAAAGCUAAGGCA